CAAUUAUUAUUCAUCUUUACAACUAAAUAAAUAUUUCUUUGAAUAAUUAAAUUUCAAACAGAAGUCGGUUUUACAAGAAUUAUAACUAUGAAGACCUACCGUUUGGAAAAUGGAAAGUAUUUAGGCAUAUCUUAUUUUAAAGAUGUCAAGAAUAUCAAAUGGUUAAAGGAAAAAAUGAAUUCUAUUUACAAAGAUAAAUCGCCUGUGUUAAUUUGUCGCUCAUUGAUUGUUGAUCCAUUUCAAAUUGUAGUCGCUGUAAAUAACGCUUUAUUGUCGUUUGAAAACUCCUCUAUGAUAACCAAGUCUUUAGCUACUGAAAUUCUUUUCAAUUUGUCUUCAACUAAGAAUAUUACACAAUCGUUGAAAGAUGUAGGUGCUAAUGAUCAAGACGAAGAUAUGAUAGUUGCAAUUAUAUCAAAAUUUUCUAAUAUUCCAGAAAUGAAAAUAUUUCAUGAAAAAUGUAUUAUUGGAGAUAAAGCUAAUUUUUCAGAAUUUGCAGAAAAAAUUGAUGAAAAUGUUAUAAAGUCUUAUUAUCGUAUAAAACAAAUAGAAAAUGACAACUCUAGUCUACUUGAUUCUGUUAUAACUAGAAUUGCUUGUAAAGUUGUGAUAUAGUAUUCUAAGUUAUCUUAUAACUUAUUGCAUUUGUAAUUUGUAAGUAUAAAAUUUGAAGAUUUUAAAAAAAACUCUAAAUUAGUUUCAUUUUUU